GUUAUUCGAUUGUUUCAGUAUCAUUAAUUGUGUUUUUUAUUUGCAUAUUUUUUCAAAAGAUUUUUUAUGUAGAUUUCAAAAUAUUUUAUUCAAAUCAUCAAAUAAAUUAAUGUUUGAACAUGAUGAUUGUGUAAUGUAUACCGGAAAACUUAAUUCCAUAAUGUGCUAACAAUUUCAAAGGGCAAAAGUUUGUGUUUUAAGUCGAUUUAAAAUGUUUUAUGGUUUGAAAACCAAUUGGACAACCAAAAAUGGUUUUAUUCCAUUUGUUAAACAUUUUCAAAAUCGGCAAACAAUAUUUUUCAACAUUGACAGUAGGAGCGAUAGUCCCAGAGCAAUUGAGCAAUGCCAACCCAAAACAAGAAUUGUAUAGGUACUUUCUUACUCGACCCUCUCCGAUUUCAAUGAAUCUCGAGAUUGACAUUUGAGAAGGGCGUAAGUAUUUUUUUUUGUAUUUCGUAAUUUUAUUAUAGCUGUAUCUCAAAUUUGAAGUUGAGCAUGAGUAAUUUAUUUCGUUAAAAAAAAUUCUGAUGUGGCCUUAAAUGUUAAAAAACCAGACGAAACAUGCCAGAUAGAGUAACUCUCCAAAAAAUACAAAUAAAAAAACAUUUGUUAAAACUGCGUUUUUGAAAAGUAGCUCAAAUGUAAUUUUUAUAAUAGCUGGAAUAGAUUCUUUAGACAAUUUUACAUAAACGUCUCCAUAUUGACCAUUGUCCUAAAUCCAACCCUAGUAAAGAUACAGUGGUUUUAAAAUAAAGGGGUUGAAAAAUCAGAUAUUUUGGGCAUUUUGUGAUUUUUAGCCUUUUUCUAUAUGUGAGCCUAGAUUUUUCAGUCUCGAAAAUAUUUUCAACGGAAAGCUCGCCCAAUUUCUCAUUAGUUUGCCUUUGACAGUACAAAAUUUAACAAAAAAAAAACAGUUUUAAUAAAUAAUAUUUUCUUAGGAGAGUUGCCCCAUCCUGCAUUUUUCAUGACAUCUUGUGCUAUUUUCACAAAAAUUUGGAACGAAAAAAAAUCGUUGACUUUUGAACUGUAAAUUUUACUGUGAAAGUAGAAUUACAAAAUAUACUUGGAUUAAAGUAUAAUUGUUAGUCUCAAAAAUCAGACCUUUUUUCAGUGUUGUUGAAAUAUCAAACUAUCAGCUCUCAAUUAUCAUCCCUGAAUACUCAUGCCCAAAAUACAACUGCUCUUCUCUCCGUAUUGAAACUCUCAGCGCCGAACAUAGCCGAAAACAUUUUUGUGUUUACACACUCGCGUUUGACAUUCUCCUUUUCUCUCUCAUUCCCGCUUUCACGAUCAUUCCACCGCAACAACGAUCAACCUCAAAAGCCGUUACAAAACCAAUUUCGCAAGCGUAGUUUCACAGAACGUCAUGCGUGGUCGGCUCCUAAUCCGCCGUUGCGCGUUCUUUCAUUACAGUUUUCGGAGAGACUCGGAGACUCAGCGGUGAGAGCGGUAAGUCGAGGAAAAGGAGAGGAGUGAUAGAGAGAGAAUGCCAUCGCUGGGAAUAACGAGACACAAGAAGAGAUCUUACAAGCUAUAGUGACGGUCGCUAUACUCUAUGAUGGUUUUGGUGUAGAGAUAAUCAAAUCGUAACUUUUCUAUCACCUAUUUGCAACAACGCCUUUUUUAAAUAUUUCAAAAUUUGAAUCUUCUUGACAUUCGCCACGAUAGUUUUUUAAGCAUAAAUUUUGAGGUACAGUCAUCCCACAUAUUCGGAACACCCACAAAUUCGGAACACUUUUGUGGUAAUUUGUCAAUAGAAUGCAAAAUGCAACUUUUCUGCCGACCUUGCUAUUUUUAAGGCCUUUAUUUGGACAUUCUCUUGCUAUUUCACCAGUAAAAGUAAUACUUUUCAAACAAAAACUGCAUUUCAAGACUAUUUUAUCCAGAGCAGCAAAAUACUGCCUCCAAAUUGCCCGUUCCAUGAUUGUGGGAUGUUUUUGUGUCUCCCACAAUUGUGGAACACCUGAAUUUAACUGAUAUUUUCACAAAAAAGUUAUCAGACCAUUCAUAAAACAUCACUAACCAUGAGUUCUGUUGGUUUCAGAGUGCAAAGUCAUUAUUUUGUAAAAAAUAUCUACACCUGGAGAGAAAAAAAAAGUUUGUUUACAUCGUAAGAAAAAAGUGUUCCGAAUUUGUGGAUUUUAAUGGUCAAUGUUUUUCUUCGAAAACUUGAUAUAAAUCGUAAAAAUGUACAGCCGGUCUAUACAUCAAUCGGAAGAUCGCAAGAAAAGCUAUCACAUGAAGGUAAAAGCAAAUCAUUAUGUUCAAUUAUCGAUUUUAUAUGAUUUAUUGAACAUUGGUCGAUCUGUAAACUGUUCCGAAUAUGAGGGAUGAGUGUACUUAUAACUAAAUUUAAUUAAAUUUUCAUUAGAGGCUUAUGGGACUUAUGGAAUGACCUUCCUAGUGAAGUGUAAAUAUUGCAGAUCUGGAUGACAUAUUUAUUGUCAUACACACUUAAUGAUUCAACCAGAUAAGAUUAAAACGGAAAUGGUUUUAUCAGAUGAUUUCCCAAGCUAUUGCCAAAUUUGCUGGUUGAUAAGUCCCAGACAAACGAUACAACGAUUCAGUCUUCGAUUGAGCGCUUGUGAGGCAAACGUACCCAAAAAAAAUGCAUCCGUUACAAACCGAUCCCGGUAAGCUCGUUGAGGCUAAUCUCUCCAGCAGACGCAACAGUAUUUUCAACAGACAGCUACUGAUUGCCGCAGAUGGUGGAGAUAUUGGUACAAUCAAAACCCUUAUCGAAUCCGGUGCCGACGUGGACUUUGUAGAUAACGACGGAAAUACGGCGUUGCACUAUGCGGCUUCGAGGGAUAGGCUUGAGGUGGUCAGAUUGCUGGUGCAGCAAAUGACGGAUGUGAACGUUGAAAACAAUUGCAACCGGAUGCCGCUGGAUCUUGCGCGGAAACGGGGCGAUGUUGUGAUUGUGGACGCAAUUGAAGAGCAGAUAUUGAAGAACUCACUAGCGGUUCUGAAGGAAAGGUGUCCAGGAAGGCAACAGCAGUCUCAUCUGAAGCCACAAAAGAUCCACUUUGUCGAGAAUACCUUUUCUGGAAAAUAUUUUACCAAGUUGUCGUUCAAGGACGUAGAGAACAUCUUGGACAUGUUGUAUACAAAAAGCGAAACUGAAGUUAUGUUUGGUGCAGUGAAAGUUGAAUGUUUAAGUGAAACAAUUAAGGAAAGUCUGAAAACAAACAAAACUUGUGUAUUUUUAGUUGAACUAAACGAACAGCACUGGGCAACGAUAGUUAAAUUCACUAACGCUGAUAAAAAAUCAUUUCGAUACAUUUGUUGCAACCACAAAGAUAGUAACCAUCAAGUGCUGUUAAAAGUUAUAAAAGAUUUGCAAAUAGUUGACCAUGAACAAUACAAUUUUCCACAAUGUAACGUCAAUGAUUCGGCCAUAAUUGCUACUAAAUGUGCCGAAUUUGUAUAUCACGACAAAUUGUAUGAUGUGAGCAAGCUUGAGAAAAUAAAUACCAAAGAAGAAAGAAUACUUUUUGCUAACUUGCUAAACGAAAAGAAAAGGACAGAGGAGAAAAUUCAAUCCUGUUUGCAAUCAUUGAAACAAUGGAACCAAACUUACGAUCGCAGCGAAUUUAAUUUCAAAAAUUCUAACAUUUUUGUAUUGUUUUUGGAAACAUUUGCUUUGGAAGACACUUAUCCGGUAUUCCCAAGUAAUGGUGAAGAAGAAAACAAAGACAUGUUGAAAAAAAUCAAGAAAAUUAAAAAAGAGUAUUUUUCGCACUUUUAUUUUAAACCCAAAAAUCACAAAACCGAAGGACAGCCAGAUUUGGGGCUCAUAAGUGAUGCCAGAAGUAGUAUUCUGCAUGGAAGUCGAAUCGUGACUUCUGAGGAUUUUAGUAAAUUUGUCGGCGAAGGAAUAAGCGUUAAAGAUUUUUUCCUCAAAUUGGAAAAGUUCACAAAUAAAAUACAUAAUAAAUUAAAAGGUAAAUGUGGCCUGGUGCAUCAUACUCUGAAGUGUAACUCAUUUUUAGCACCGAAAGAUUCGUUUAAAGAACAAGGAACAAAAGAAGGAGAGCAGGAAUUUCUUGAAUCAUUUGUAACUCAAUUGUACUCCCCAGAAAAAGAAUUAAAUUAUGAAAUGUUAGAGGAGCUAAUGUUUAAUUUAGCGGUUAACGUGAUUCCAUUGUUGGACAACAAAAAGCAAACUUUUAAGCCGCUAAGUUUAUUACGAAACAGACUAAUUCAUGACUUUCAUAAAUACAGUGAUAAUCAGGAGCGAUUAAGGGAACUAAAGCAUCUUGCCUUGGAUUUAAAAUCAAAACUCUAUAAAUAUUUCUACGCCAGCAAAAUCCAUAAUGCAUUGAAAAGCACUUGCCUUCACAAAACUAGCGAGCAAAUCAACUUUGAACUAAUUAGAACAUUGCGAAAUUUCGAGGAAAACUUCGCCAACAAAACCAACGUCGUUGCAGCAACAAACGCAAAUAGUUUUGAAUUUGUUUUUGAACAGUCUAUUUUUUCAGAAAGGAGGGAAGAAAUCGAAAAACUAGUGCAUCAAUAUUGCAAAUUUAUUAUUCCCAUUGAACAUGAUCUUGAAAAUAAAGGUGCUUUGACAGGUGAAGAUGAUGAUAACAAUUUAAUUAAUUUGCAAAAAAGAGAGCUUUUUGAGGAAUUCUUAAAAAUUAAAGAUAACUAUUCUCAACACUGUGAAGAUGUCAGACAGGAGAAGCUUAUUGAGUUAAAAAAUAAGUUAAUCAUCUUAGGUAUAAGUGAACAUACCAUCACCAAAAUCUGGGAUUGUUAUGUUAACAAUGACCAUGUUUUUGAAGCGGAUACUGAAAGAGAGAUAAAACGAAUAAUCGACAGUAUUGCCGUUAUAAAACAUGUGCUGGUGAAUCACACGGUGCCUUUCGAAACUGUUAUGUCUUCAUACGAGAUGAACGACUACAAAAGGAUGAAAGAACAGGUCGAAGGUAAUCAUAACGCAGACGAUAUAAUAGAUAAGUUCAAGUGCCUUCCUAGAGGAAAUUGUUUAAUGAGUAUUGGUGGAGAUGAAGUCAAAAUCAAUGUUGUCACCACUAUUGUUGGGGCAAUGAAUCUUUUUUAUAAAUGUUAUAAUAAAUACCGAAUUAAAUUCAACAACGCCAUUGAAGCAUUCAGUGAUGAAUACUUUCUCAGCAAAUUAGUAGAAAUAGACAUUAAAUUUAAUCCGGAGACUGAAUUAUAUGCGUUUUUGAUAGUGAAAAAGUUGUUGCAUAUUGAGUACACUGCCCCAUAUAUUGUGAAGGUACUUGAAGCAUUUCCGAACGUUCUGAUCGAAAAGGAAGAUUUGAAGAAAUUACUCGAAAAUCUUUGCGAAAAAGAUUGUCGUCUGCCAUAUUUGACAACUUUGGUAGAUGUUAGAAAGUCCGAUUCAAAUUUCAAUAUAUUCGAGGAAAUUUUAUCUUUAACUUUUAAAAUGGACUCCCUUAGUUCGAAAAUCUUGAAGCAUGUAAUGCAAGGAGCAGACAAUAUUGAAGGAAUUCUAAAGGUUGCGUCCGGCGGAGCAACAUUGUCCCAACUACGGCUUAUUUUUCUAACAUUACAAGGAGUCCUUAUCGAGUUGAUAUUUGAGAACAAGUUCACAGUAGCAGAAAAGAUAGUAGACCUUGAAAUAAUGCAAACACUUCGAGCGAGUUCAGUGGAUAGAGAAUUGACCAUAAUUUUCAACGAUUUAUUAUUAUUGGCUGCAAAAAUUAAAAACUUUUGUGGUAAAGACAGAAAUUUGCCUAAAUUAUACCAACAAUCUUUAGAUUUGCUAGGAAGCAUUAAACAUCCCAGCAAUUUGCAGGUAUUGCUCAGCAUGAGCCGAAGAGCAUAUACGAAUCAGUUAUUGAAUGAACUGGACGAAGCCUAUAUGGAAUAUCAACGUUUAUAUGAAGAGAUCAUAAAGUAUUGCUUGGACAUCAAUGAUUUGCCUAAACACGACGCCUCUGAGUUGCUUGAAAAAGUUUUAAAGACAGAUAAAUAUUUGAAUUUGAUGAUCGAUUCCGACCACGAUCAAAAAUAUUUGACCCUCUCGAGGAUUAAAGCUUCCAUGGCAUUCAUACUAGAAAUUCAACGGAAAUAUAAAGCAGCACUGUGCAUUUAUAGAGAUAUAUAUUGUACUCUAAGCAGCUUAGGAGAACCUAAAAUAAAUAUUUCACGCUCACUUAAAAGUAUCGCAAGAGUGGAAAGUUUUAUUGGAAAGAUUUAUUGCGAAGAAAAAACAUACGACUCGUUGAAAAUGGCUUCUGAAUAUUACAUGGAUUCUUUAAUUUCAUAUAUCAAAUUGCUAAAAAUUUAUAACACCUUAUAUGGUAGCAUCCAUCCCACUAUUCAGGCCACAAGUAGGCUAGUUAAGUUUAAUGUGCUUAAGCCCCUUAGAAAUGUUUGCAUUCAUCUGGCACAGUGCCGAGAAACCGAUGAAGCUACUAGGAGAGAUAUUUACAAUAAAACGGAAAAACUUAAGGAAGAACUAAAACUAAUUGAGUGUUGAUUCAAGGCAGCAUCAGCUUUGGCCACUUAUUUAAAAAGCACUUAACGACGUUUUAAAUUUAUUUUAAGUUUAUGUUUAUAUAAGAAUCAAUAAGUAGACUUUUACAACAACCUAUAAAUUGAACAUUUAAAAUAAAUCAUAAAAAAAAAAACAUUUAUAUUGCAACAUGUGAUUCGGUUUUAACCAUU